UAUCCUCCUUUUUCAGCCUUUUCAAUGCAGCAGUAACGUUAAUGUUGUUUUGUAGAAACAAAUGGCGCCGCUCGCACGACGUUUUCCAUGAUACCAUCAGAGCAGUCUUCCUGAAGCAGGGUGAUGGUGUAAAGCCCUGAUGCCGCGGAACUCUCCUUGUGAAGACACACUUGUCCAACUCACUCACUUUAAGGCUUUACAACUGGGGUUUCAUUGCUGGAGAGGAUGGAGGAACAAAAACUAAGCCUGCGUGAUGAAGAUCAGCUUCAUGACAGCUUACAACAUGAGAAUGCUGUGACAAACAGGGUUCAUGACCAGAAAAACACUGCGAUACAACAUGAUUCACUGUGUGAGAAAAACAAAUCCGGAACUCCAAAGAAGCAAAAAGAGAAAGGAAGAAAAGUGCAAAAUUGUUCACCAGCUUUGUCUCAAGAUGAAGAGGCUGAUGUUCAGAAUCCCCAGCCUCAAGUACAGAAAAAUCCAAGCAAAAGAGGAAAAGCCUCACUUCUUAAGAGGAAAAUGUCUGUGCACUCCAAGGUCCAAGAUCACGUGGAAGAGGGCGCAGAGCACAUGUUUCGCACUCACAUUUGUACAGAAUGCAGGCGUUGCUUUAAAACCCGCUCACAUCUGAUGGAGCACAUGCGUCUUCAUUUUCCUGACCCUAGCCUGCAGUGCCCCACCUGCAAGCACUUCUUCACCAGCAAGAGCAAGCUGCGGGUCCACAUGCUGAGGGAGUCUGGUGAGAAGCUGCACCGCUGUCACUUGUGUGAUUAUGGUGCAGUGGAGCGCAACACCCUGCGCCGCCAUCUCAUCAGCGUGCAUGGUGAUCCAGGAGAGGAUGAAGGUGCCACGGACCUCUAUACAUGCCCGACCUGCCAAAAGAGCUUUCGGCAGAGUCAGGCGUUAAAGGGUCAUAUGAAGUCCCAUCACAUGACGCACGAUGGGCAACCUCUGCACUGUGUCAAACUGGGAUGCUCCUUUCAGUGCACAGAAAAAAAAGUGCUUCAGAAGCACCUGUUCGAUGUGCAUAAUAUCAAGGCCAUAGAGUGUCGCCACCAUGCCUGCAGUGCUUUGUUCGAAUGUAAGGCUGAUAUGGAGGCGCAUUUUCUGACCCAUCAGGCCUUUCACUGCACACAUUGUGACUUCACGUGCUCUAACAAGAGUCGUUUUCAGCAGCACAAAAGACAAGGCCAUGCAGGGGACACACAGCUCAGUUGUAACUUCUGUCCUUUCACCACUUUCAAUCCAGUGGAGUUUGACCAGCAUGUAGGCCACCUUCAUGCCAGUGAGAAAACACACAGAUGUCAAGAGUGCAGCUUUGUGACUGCUCACAAAAGAGUUCUUAAAAGACACAUGCUGAUGCAUACAGGCGAAAAGCCCCACAAAUGUACAAUGUGUGAAUUCAGAUGUCGAGAUGAAACGUAUCUCUCAAAACACAUGCUGACACAUUCUGAUGACAAGCAGCACAUGUGUUCAGAGUGUGGCUAUGUUACCAAAUGGAAGCAUUACCUGAAUGUCCACAUGCGCAAACAUACUGGUGAUCUCAGGUACAAGUGUAACGAGUGCAUGUACCGUUGCCACCGCAUUGACCAGCUGAACAGCCACAAGCUCCGGCAUCAAGCCAAGACUCUGAUUUGUGAGGUGUGCGCUUAUUCUUGCAAGCGAAAGACUGAAUUGCACAAACAUAUGCAGCUCAAACACUCAACGAGUGAAGACCACCAGCCUCCUCUUUACCAGUGCAAGUUCUGUGCAUACACAACCAAGUAUCGCCAAGCUCUUCACAACCAUGAAAACUGCAAACAUACUCGGACAAGGGAGUUUCGUUGUGCCCUCUGUUCGUACUCCACGUUUAGCAACACUGGCCUCUUCCUGCACAAGCGGAAGGCCCAUGGGUACGUGCCUGGGGAUGUGAAGUGGCUGGAGACAUAUGCAGAGAAAGAGAGACAAAAUAAUUCAAUGGAGCUGAUGCAGAACUUUUAUUCUAAAGUUGUAGGCUCUGAAAAAAUAGCUGAGGAGCACUCAAGAAGACAGGGGGGUUCUGAAGGUAAUUCAAAAACCUCUAACCAAGUGGAGUUGCAAAAUGUUAUUAUGACAAAUGAUGACCAAAUUCCCAAUAGUUGUGAAAUAGUGUAUGAUUCAGAGAACAUAAGUACUGUCUUAGAACACCAGGGCAGUUCAGAUGUUAAUUCAUUUGGAGAUGAGACAAACAAUGAAACAGAACAGCCAGUAAAGAUCAGACAAGUUCAGCCAGUUGUCCUUGACCAAGAUCAAUGUUGUAUUCUAACCCCAAUAACAUGCACUGGUACUGCCCAGGCAGCACCCUUGCAUACUGAAUCAGAAGACCAGGGAAUCACAGAUGUGCCUGUUGAUAGCUUCCCUGGGCCUGACACAUCAUGCAACAUUCCUGAGAUCCCUGUUGAAUCUGUAAGUGAAGAGGAAGAUGAUGCUUUGUCAGACCAUGAGGAAGGUAGUGAUUCCCAAGAGCAGACACUAGACAGGGGAAAUGUGAUCUUGCAAGAAGGGCCCCAAAACUCAUUGGCCCAUCAUGCAGUCUCCUCAUUGGUCCCCUCAGUUGAUGGUGCAGGUUCAGAAAAUCUUCUCCAAGUUAUGAGGAGACGGGACAAAGACCAAGCUGAGGCACUGAUACUGGAAGGUAGAGUGCAGAUGCUGGUGGUCCAAACCCAGAACAACAUGUACCAGUGUGAUCACUGCUCUUAUGUGACACGAAAGCAGGCAGCCUUAGUGCGGCACUGCAGAUCUUCCUGCCAGGUCAUGAAAGCAGCUCUCCAGUGCCAGGACUGCGGUUUACGCUUCAAACAAUUACGUUCUUUUAACACCCACCGUCUCCGAAAGUGUCUUGCACUGCAGAAGAAGAAGAAGAGGUUCUCUGUUGUGGAAACCUCAGAUAAGAUUAGAGAUUUUGGAACUACACAGGCCCAGGAUACAUUGCAUAAUAAGAAUGAGGCUGCACGCCCUUUGUCAUCUGUCACAGAGGCUGAUCAAUGUGGGGACAAUGUGCUGAAAAGCUCAACUGGAGAUAAAGGGGCAAAUGUCAUCCCAGAGAUGAAUAAUACAAACCAUGCUUCUGCUCCAACUGAGUCCCUGGGCUUGGCAGCUGUUGAAAGCUGUGGUUACUAUGAAGAUAAUUAUAAGUUCACCUGCAAAAUAUGUUCCUUUUCAUGUAGCAGGAAAGCCACAAUAGAUCGUCAUUGUGCAGGCUGCUUCCGAAGCAGAGCUAGAAGUAAGCUGACUGUGAAUGAGCAAGAGGAUGAACACGGUGAAUUAGAUUGUGAGCAGGAACAGCAAGAUGGAGAAAACACUGAAGGAGACUCAGGAGAGAAAAUAGUGAAGACUGCAAAACGAUUUUCCUGUACCAACUGUCCAUUUGUUUGCCAACAGAGGAGAGCGUUAACAAGUCAUGAGAAACGUGGCUGUUUAAAGCCUGGCGAGAUCCAGUGCCAGCAGUGUUCGUUUGUGGCCAAAUCAGUGAAAUCUCUAAACCACCAUGUCCUAGUUCACAGUAAAGACAAGGAUUUUAAACGAGGCAAAAGAGCUCAACUUCACUGUAAGCUUUGUACCUUCACUUGCAAGCAAGAACGAUGUAUGGCGCAGCACGUGGCACUGAAGCAUGAGGGUGCUCGCCCGUUCCACUGCCGCUUCUGUGAUUUCAGCACAGCACGGCGCCACCGUUUGGAUGCCCAUGAAUCCAGGCACACGGGCAUCGGUAGACACUGCUGUGAGCUAUGUGGUCAGACCUUUGGCACCUCAUCUAAGCUACGGCUGCAUCACCAGCGAAUCCAUGACAGACAAGCCACCCACUUCUGCUCUCUGUGUGACUACAAAGGCUAUAAUCCUACCGACAUCAGCCGCCAUACCCUCAGCUGCCACACAGGAGAGUUAAGCCAUCCCUGCAACCAGUGUGAGGCCCGCUUUAGCUCUGAUAUUGCUUUGAAACAGCAUAGUAAGCGGACACACCAGGCUACCAGCAGCCAGUGCUGCACCCAGUGUAGCUUCACCUGCAACAGCAAGGCCAUGCUUAAAGCCCAUGUACAACGUGAACAUUCUCAAAAGGAUAAUGCGAUCUCACAAGGAAACUCUGACUCUCAUGUUCCUGAAAAGCGCUGCAAGGUCUCCCUCACCCAGAAGUGCCCAGAUUGCCCUUUCACCACUGGAAAGAGGCUGCUGCUUGUCCAGCACAUCUUGGAUGAGCAUGAGGGAGGAUGUCAGGAAGAAAAAACUCUCAAGUGUGAUGUCUGUGGCUUCUCUUGUUUCCAUCAGCUGGUGUUUGACCAACACAUCCGUUCGCAUGGCGGUACCUGCCUCUACAAGUGCACUGAAUGUGACUUCUCAACCCGGAACAGACAGAAAAUCACCUGGCACAUGCGCAUCCACACAGGAGAGAAGCCAUACCAGUGUGAGAAGUGCAGCUAUACCUGUGCUGAACCUUCUCGGCUCAAGUAUCACAUGAGGAUUCACGAGGAUGAGCGCAAAUAUCUCUGUCCAGAGUGUGGUUAUAAAUGCAAAUGGGUAAACCAGUUGAAGUACCACAUGACAAAACACUCAGGUGCCAAAUCGUAUGCAUGUGAGGAAUGUGAAUAUCGCACAAACCGCGCUGAUGCCCUGCGCGUCCAUUGCGAGACGCGUCAUCGAGAUGUGCGCUCCUUCAUCUGUGAGAAGUGUGGCAAGGCUUUCAAGACCCGCUUCCUGCUCAAGACGCACCAGAAGAAGCACAGUGACGAGCGGCCCUACGUGUGCUCCAUAUGCCAAAAGGGUUUCCGAUGGCCUGCUGGCCUCCGGCACCACUAUCUCUCCCACACUAAUCAGCUGCCCUUCCGCUGCCUCUAUUGCUCCUACCGUGCCAAGCAGAAGUUCCAAGUGGUGAAGCACUUGCGUAGGCACCAUCCAGACCAGCCCAUGCAGGGAGGGGUGGAUAAGGACCCUGACACCCACACUGUCCCGCUGCAGAAGGCCCGCUUGAGGCCAAAAGAAGACUUGCAGAUGGAUGGACAAUGUGUUGCAGAGAAAGAGAGAAACACUGAAGAACAUUAGUCUGUCUUUUUAUUCUCAGUGUUUUUAAUUAGAGAAAAGACACUGUAUUAGUCCUGUAAUGAGCUUCUGCUCAAGUGAAACUGAAUUAAUGCCUUUUAGCUGAAUUAAUAUUUAAAUACUUACGUAUUCAAAGGAAAACUCAAUUAAUUCAUCACAUGGAAGGUGUCAACAGCAUUUAUUGAGGUCAUCGCCGGAUCGCUCAGUGAACAUCUAAGAAUAGAUAAUGUCCCUAACUGACUGACUGACUGACUGAAAUGCACAUGUGCAACGGUUUCAAGGGAUAUUACAUACGGUAGGUGGUGCAAUUUUAGGGAACAGCAAUAUCAACAGUAGUGAACACUUUCUAGUGUGGGUGUGUAUAUGUUUAGAGUUUUAUACUAAGUAUAGAGAAUAUUUAUAUUCACUUUAUUAGUCCCUUCUGUGAGUUACAUGCAUCCAGUGUAUACAGCAGACAAUAGUAUUUAUAGCAAAGUCAUACCUUCACUACUGUAAGACUACAAGUAACAAGAUUCAGGGAUUCAAGGGAUACAGAAACAGAGCUUUCAGGAAAGUCUUCUGGGUUUUGGUAUAUUUUAGAGCACAAGAUUGUCAGGAACAGGGUAUCUUGACAACAACAAAUAAACGUUUAACAGUUAAAACUUAGAAUAAAUGCUUUAACAGUUUAAAAUGAAACCUACUGGUUUACAGGAUCUAAAACUCUACAUAUACAACUUUUUAGAAUUUUUUAUAUGGCUCAUUUAAAUGCAGUGCUUAAUAGCUUGUAGUAGCCUAACAGCAUGAAAAAAGUGUUAAUGCAUCAGUUUAAUCUACAGCUCUGGAGUAUACUUAUACAGUAAAUACUGAUCAUAUAUUAUUGUAAAGCUGAAAAGGCACUAUACUGACUUUACUGUUUAGCUAAAGUUUUUCACUGAAGUCUACAUAUCUCAUUACAAGAGCAAUAAAACCUGAAUACUAAAGCCUGCAGUUUCUUCAGUUUUGGUUAAUGUGGGAAAUAUUGCUUUAUGUGCAUAUGCAGUAUACAAAUAGUGUUAGCGGAGUUAUAAUGCCUAAACUCUUGAAGUCUUAAAUGUGCACACAGAAACACACAAUAUGAGUUUGCAUAACUUUCUGAAUUACAUCUUUUCAUUGCGUGGAAGUAU